AUGAAGGCGGGAGCCGUGAACGUUCAUAGGUAUGCGGUAGCAUGUCUACUGCAUCCUAUCAAUACCGCAGCCCCUUGUGCAACAACCACCCGUUUCUGCUAUUUGUCUCUGAUGAUGGAUUCGAUUAGGAAUCCGAAACGUCAGGCUAAUAAAGUUCUUGUCCCGGCGAUCGUGUCUCCUUCUUCAAGACUACUUCCUGGGACUCGGCUCUUUGCUUCUAUUGGCAAUGUAUUUGGACGCGAUGCACUCCGAUCGGCCCGGCGAUGGGAAACCUUCGCCCUUCGGGAGGCCCCUACGUAUUCGCAGAUCCGGUUGCUGCACAGGUGUCUCGACAGUAAUGUGUUACCGAAAUGUGUUUCAUACAAGCCACCGGUUAACACGGAUUUAGCGAGACGAGCAGUAUUUCAGCACGGCAGAAGGAUGAUCCGAGUGCUCCUCCAAGAUUUUCACGCGAGUCUUCGUAAGUACCGUCAGCGGAUUGACCAGGAAAAGACCAGAUGCUGUGAGUUCAUGCGCAGAACACCGUCUCAUCCUGCCGAACACCUUCUUCUAUCUGUCGGAGCGAGAGUAGGCCACCUGGAGGCAUCCUCGGUCGCGUCAGUGGCAUCUGUUGGACUAUGUCCUCGUCCGGAGGCGAGAUCAGCGGGACGUGCUGGUGACAAAGGCGAUCGCGGGCGCUGACGGGUGGACCGACUAUCGCCUCGUCAUCUCGAAGAUGCGUAUUCGCCUACAGUCUCACAGGAGACCGCAAGGUAAGCGACCCCCAGGCAAGCUGAAUGUUGCUUUGUUGUGUUUGACCGCUCACCAUCUUCAUUUAAGCAAUGAGCUAGCUCAAAGUCUAGACAACCUUCCUAUCGCUGCCGACGCCGCUGCUACCGAGAACGCCUCCGUGGAGAAUCGCUGGUGUCAACUGCAAGACACGAUCCAGUCGACGGCGCGUGCCGUCCUCGGUCGCGCUCCCCGCCAACACCAGGACUGGUUCGACGACAACGACGCCGCCAUCAGAAAUCUGCUUGCCGAGAAGAACCGCCUACACAAAGCCUACGUAUAUCACCCCAUUGAUGCCACCAAAGCUGCCUUCUACCGCAGUCACCGCCAACUUCAGCAACGACUGCGCGAGAUGCAGGACGCCUGGACUGCUCGCAAAGCUGAGGAGAUCCAAGGCUACGCGGACCGCAACGAAUGGAAGAACUUCUGCUCCGCUAUCAAAGCUGUCUACGGUCCGCCGACGAAGGGCACUGCUCCUCUCCUCAGUGACGACGGCAACACUCUCCUGACUGAGAAGACGCAAAUCCUACAGCGAUGGGCCGAGCAUUUCCGAGGCGUACCCAGCCGCCCCUCCGUCAUCUCCGACGCCGCCAUCGCCCGCUUGCCGAAAGUGGAGACCAGCGUGGACCUCGACCUCCCGCCAUCUCUCCAGGAAACGAUCAGGGCCGUGCAGCAGCUCUCCAGCGGGAAAGCACCCGGAUCGGACGCAAUCCCUGCCGAGGUCUACAAGCACGGAGGUCCCCAACUGAUGGAUCACCUGACUGCGCUUUUCCAAGACAUAUGACGUCAAGUUGAAGUCCCGAAAGAUUUCAAAGACUUAACCAUCGUGCAUCUCUACAAGCGCAAAGGGAAUCGCCAAGUCUGCGAAAAUCACCGCGGCAUCUCCCUGCUAAAAAUCGCCGGGAAGAUCUUCGCCCGCAUCCUUCUCAACCGCCUCAAUAACCAUGUGGAACAGGGCCUUCUGCCGGAAAGCCAAUGCGGCUUCCGUCGUCAGUGUGGGACCACGGAUAUGAUCUUCGCCUUCGACACGGUGAAUCGUGAAGGACUGUGGAAGAUCAUGCAGAAAUUCGGCUGUCCGGAGCGCUUUACUCAGAUGGUACGUCAGCUGCACGACGGUAUGAUGGCGCGAGUCACGGACAACGGAGCUGUCUCAGAGGCAUUCGCAGUGACCAGCAGAGUGAAGCAGGGCUGUGUGCUGGCGCCUACCCUCUCCAGUCUUAUGUUCUCUGCCAUGCUGAUGGACGCCUACCGCGACGAACGCCCUGGAAUCCGCAUCGCCUACAGGACGGACGGUCACCUCCUGAAUCAACGGCGGAUGCACUUCCAAUCGCGCGUAUCCACAACCACCGUUCACGAACUCCUCUUCGUCGACGACUGCGCCCUGAACACCACCUCGGAAGGGGAGAUGCAACGGAGCAUGGACCUAUUCUCCGCCGCCUGCGAGAACUUCGGUCUGGUCAUUAACACGCAGAAGACGCUGGUGAUGCACCAACCGCCGCCAAACACAGCACCUCCUCCCAACGCGCCGCUAUCGUAAAUCAGCAUGAACGGAACCCAACUGCAAGUGGUGGAGAACUUCCCGUACCUGGACAGUACUCUCUCCAGCAACACCAAGAUCGACGACGAAGUAGCCAACAGGAUCUCGAAAACCAGUCAAGCCUUCGGUCGUCUCCAAAGCACAGUUUGGAAUUGCCACGGUCUUCAGCUGAGCACGAAGCUGAAGAUGUACAAGGCCGUCAUCCUGCCGACGCUACCGUAUGGAGCGGAGACUUGGACGCUGUACGCACGUCGUCUGAACCACUUCCACCUCAGUUGUCUUCGUCGCAUCCUGAGGCUGAAGUGGCAGGAUCGAAUCCCCGAUACUGAUGUGCUGGAGUGGACGGGAAUCCUCAGAAUCUACGCCAUACUCAGGCAAAUUCAGCUGCGCUGGAGCGGCCACCUGGUGCGCAUGGACGACGAGCGACUACCCAAACGACUCUUCUUCGGAGACGUCGCGACGGGUUCUCGCCGUCAAGGAGGCCAGCUUCGCCGUUACAAGGAUACCCUGAAGUCCUCCCUGAAACGCCUGUAAAUCAACCCCACCAACUGGGAGAAGCUCGCACUCGAUCGACCGACCUGGAGGAGGACAGUGAAGACAGGCGCUGCGAUCUACGAAGCCAACCGCAUCGUUGCCGCCAAAGCGAAGCGUGAAGCCCGCAAAUCACAACUUCGCCCAGUACGCAACGCCGCCGCACAACCGCGUCCAACGUGUCCUCGGUGUCAACGGACAUUCCGGGCUCGAAUCGGACUUGUUGGACAUCUUCGGAUUAACUGCGCCUCUCGAACGGCACCAACCAUCGUCCCCCCGCCCGCCUCUACCUCCUCCUCUCCGCCGCCAACUAACUCUGACAUUUCUUCUGACCCACCACUUCCAUCAUCCUCCUCCUCCUCCUUCUCCUCCUCCUCCUCGCCCACUGCUCCAACGGCGGCCGCUCAGGUGACUGUCCCGCGCACAAAAACCGACACUACCCCCACCUCCCCCGACUCCAGCGAUGAGGAUCAGGACUACACCUGCCCUCACUGCGGCCGCAUCUUCACCUCACACAUCGGCCUGGUCGGUCACUUGCGAAUCCAUCGCACAGAGACUGGCGAACCAGUGCCUGGAGCACCCAUCUAUACCCACCAAGCUCGUCUCAACUGCCCACACUGCCCUCGCACUUUCAGGCAUCGCAUGGGUCUCUUCGGCCACAUGCGCAUCCACGACGACCUGCGGUAG